UACACCACCACGGCCCUAAUCCCCUUUUACGAGGACACCACGGGCAGCGGGGUCGACUGGUCGACCAAUGUGCACGUCACGGUGAGGAUGGGAUCCACGAUGGGGCACAGCUACCGGCCCAUCGUCGACACGGGCACGCAGGGCAUGGUGUUCUCAGCGCCCGAGAUGGAUUACGACUUCAACACCCCCUGUGAAGACCAGGGCACGCCGGGCUGGCAGUUCCUGUCGAGCAGCAACCUGCUGUACGAAGGCUGCUGGGUGCCGCGGGACUUCUACUUCAACGUCGGCGACCCCGCCAACCCCGUCGUCAAAGCCAGCGUGCCCAUCCUAGCCAUGAUGUACAAGUCAGAGUGCCCGACGUUCGACAUCGCAUCCACAACAGGCCACUGCCCCAACGCCAGCGUGCCGCGCAUCGCCAACGCGACCGGCACGCGCAUGAUGGGUGUCGGCUGGGGCCGCCAGUACGACGGCCUGCCGCAGGGCACCCCCGACAAGAACCCGCUGCGCAACAUCGUCAGCGUCGGCACGCAGAGCAUGGACCCCGCCACCGCCUACUCGGCCGGCUACGUGCUCGACAGCCACGGGCUGCGCGUCGGGCUGACCGACGCCAACACUGCCGGAAUCUCGUGGUACGCACUCGAGGCACACGCUAGCAUCCCCGGUGAGUACCGCGAGGCGCGCGCGUGCAUCGCCGUCGACGGCGCGACGCCCUGCGUGCCCGGCCACGCCGUCGUCGACACGGGGAUCGGCCAGAGCUACUUGCGCAUGCCGGCCGGCACGGCGCUGCGGUUCGUGUCGGGCCGCAGCGGGCGCCUGGUCGAUACCAGCGCUGUGCGCAUCGACUUUGGCGCGCCCGGAUCGACGGCUGUCGCCACGGAGUCGUUUACGCUCGGCUCGCCCGGUUCUCCCGAUGUCAAUCCGGACUAUGUUUCGGCUGUGUUCCGGGACCCGGCGCUGACGUACAUCAACACGGGCCGCCACGCGUACCGCGCGUUUGUGACGGCGUUUGAUGGUAGGAACGGCCGCUAUGGC